AAUGCCAUAGGAAUGGUACGUGCGGUGCUGCAAUUUUGGAGGUGCUGUGAUGUGAUCUGGCUCAGGUCUGUUGGGGCCAAGUGUUUGGCACUUGACAGAGCUUGCGCUGGACGUCCUGCCGGCACAUCCGUGGUGAUAGGUUUGCUAGAGAAAUGGCAUGAGCACGAGGACCCCAUGUGGUUCUCUAGCCACAGACACAUUUCAGACAUGGAUAGUUCUUGGAAAUCUCAUCAACAACAUUGCACGAAGAGCACUCAUGGCAUUGUCCCCUGCCCAACUCUCUCGCUGAUAGCUACACACUUCCAUAUGCACUGCCCUGAGUCCUUUCUUCCUUCUAUAAAUCCAUGGCCUGCUCAGCACAAACUUCAUCUCAUCUCAAGCAACAUCACAAUCUACAACACACCUUCAGACUUCCAGAGCCAAAGUGAAAUUUAGCCAGCCGACCAGAACACAUCCGACUCAACCAUGAUCCACCCAAAGAAGCUUGCUCAGCUGGCCAAGAAGUGCCAGCGGAUGUUGGUGGCUGGAGCCGGUGCUCGUCGUCGGCAUGCCUCGGACAUGGCCGAUGACGAGUGCUGCAGCACAGUGUCAUCUGUGGUUGCCGAUGAGGGCCACUGCGUGAUGUACACCAACGACGGAACCCGGUUCGAGGUCCCUCUGGCGUACCUCGGGACGUCGGUCUUCAUCGAGCUCCUGAGGAUGUCCGAGGAGGAGUUUGGCUUCACGAGCGGCAGUGACGGAGGCAGGAUCAUGCUGCCGUGUGAUGCCACUGUGAUGGAAUAUGUCUUGUGCCUGGUCAGGAGAGAGGCCUCUGAGGAGGUUGAGAGGGCGUUCUUGAGCUCCAUUGUUGGGCACUGCCACAACUACAAUGCUAGCUGCAAGGCACCAUCAAUGGAACUCGGCCAUCAUUUUGCUCUUUGUACUUAGCUACUAGCUUAGCUUCUGAAAUAUUUUUAGUUAGGAUUGAGAGGAGCUCUGUAGAGCCUCAUGUAAGAUCAAUGAUCACAGGAAAUGAUACAAAGAGACAAAUUUUCCGGGAGAAA